AUGUUCGAAGCAAAGGAAACUGUUCUGGUCAUAGGUGGAACAGGCGCCCAAGGAGUCCCAGUUGUCAAAGCUCUGGCAUCUAAUUCAAAAUAUGCCGUACGCGUCCUCACCAGAAAUUCAUCCUCCAAAGAAGCUAAACUGUUGGCUACAAUUCCUGGAGUGACAAUUUUCGAGGGAAACACAUAUGACGAGACCACACUCCGCGAAGCGUUCAAAGACAUCGAGUAUGUUUUCGCUAACACCAAUGGGCUUGCUAUAGGAGAGAAGGCCGAGAUAUACUGGGGUAUUCGCCUGUAUGAGAUUUCUCGAGAAUUCGGCGUUAAGCACUUUAUUUAUGCAAGUCUUGAGUAUGGGUCAAAGCUUGGGAACUUUGACCCCAAAUACCGGUGCGGUUUUCUGGAUGGAAAAGCAAAAGUUGCGACCUACAUCUCUGCACAGCCAACGACUCCAAUGGCGUGGUCUACUUUGACCUCUUGCCAGUAUAUUGAAGCACUAUCAGAAAAGCUACGACCUCUCCCUGAUCCUAAAAACCUGGAUAUCCUUAUCUUUACAGCUCCACUCGGAGAAGGGAAAUGCCCUCUUAUCUAUCUUGAGGACUAUGGAGCUUAUGCCCGAUGGAUGCUUGAUACACCAGCUCGGAGCAAUGGUCUGGAAUUGCAUGUUGCUACUGAGGAUAUUGCUUGGAGAGAUCUUGCUUCUGCAUUCACGGAGGUUACUGGCCAAAAGGCAGUAUACAAGGACAUCACAUUGGAUGAAUACUUUGAAUCUGGGAUUUUUCCAAAUCCCGAUGCCAAAGUUGGCUAUGCAGGUAGCCCUGACGAUGGGACCCUGUUGACCUACCGGGAGGACUUCUCGGGCUUCUGGAAUGUUUGGAAAGAUAAUUUGACGAAGAGGAAUUAUGCUCUGCUGGACGAGAUACUGCCGACACGAGUCAAGACGGUAAAGGAAUGGAUGGUGAAAACAGGUUACAAUGGAAGGCCUGCUUUGGUCCUGAAAGACUCUCGAGAUCGGGAUGCCAAAAAAGGCACUGGCGCGAAAAAGGAAUGA